AGCGCUGUAAAGCUACAGCAAUAUUAAUGGGCUGCUGCUGCUGCUGCUGCUGCUGCUGUUGUGGGCGCUGUUGCAGAGUUUGUAGCUACUCAUCUUUAGCCUAUGGCUAAGCCUAAUGCUCGUUGCUCCAUUGAAAUGGAGCCCAGAACCUUGAAGCAAGGCCAACUCCACCAAGCUAGGGAAGUUGCUGCUGAUGUUGUUCAGAAACUGGAACCCACUGAAGCUUCUCUUCUAUUGAUUGAUAUCGUAGAACGACUCAAACCGAUGAACCAUAUAAUUGAAAGAGGAGAGUUGCCAUUGUUGCCGCCAUUGUCAUCGCCGUUGUCGUCGGCGGCGGCCGGGCCACCGCCACCGCCAUUUGUGGGGGAUUAUAACGAAGAAAGCGGAAGAUGCCAAUGCUCUUACAUUUGUAUUGAAUCCCCAAAUCAAUUGCAGCUGCUUAAGGAACCCCUUUCAGCUCCAUUUUAGAUUAGAUGCUUUGGACUAUCAUUUAUGAGCUCUCCGAAUAUAAUUUAAU